AGGAAGGUUUCCGGUUCUCUUUCCCCCCGCGAAACUCGCCGUCCUUGCAUCUUGGUCCGCUGCGGUGUUUUCUUUGUUCAAAGCCGAACCAGCUCCCUCUCUCCGGGGUUUAUUUUCUCCCACAUUUGCACGGCUGCGUUCACCGAGCUCCCCGCACCAUGUCCGGCUUUGACGACCCCGGCGUGUACUACAGCGACAGCUUCGGAGGCGGAGAGGCUCCCGGCGGAGACGAAGGCGGACAGAAGCGCAGCCAGAUCAAGAAGAGGUUCCGCGAGUUUCUGCGCCAGUUCCGAGUGGGGACGGACCGCACCGGCUUUACAUAUAAAUACAGAGAUGAGCUGAAGCGGCACUACACCAUGGGCGAGUACUGGGUGGAGGUGGAGAUGGAGGAUCUCGCCAGCUUCGAUGAGGAUCUGUCCGACUGCCUUUACAAGCUGCCCACAGAGAACCUUCCCAUGCUGGAGGAAGCCGCUAAGGAGGUGGCCGACGAGGUGACCCGCCCCCGGCCCGUGGGCGAGGAGGUCGUGCAGGACAUCCAGGUCAUGCUGAAGAGCGACGCCCAUCACACUUCCAUUCGCAACCUCAAGUCGGAGCAGGUGUCCCGUCUGGUCAAGGUGCACGGCAUCAUCAUCUCGGCCACCGCCGUCAAGGCCAAAGCCACCAAGGUGUGCCUGCAGUGCCGCGGCUGCCGCGCCGUCCUCAACGACAUCCCGCUGCCCCCGGGCCUGCAGGGCUACACUCUGCCGCGCAAGUGCAACAGCGAGAACGUGGGCAGGGCGAAUUGUCCCGUGGACCCGUACUUCAUCAUCCCGGACCGCUGCGCUUGCAUCGACUUCCAGACGCUGCGCCUGCAGGAGUCCCCGGACGCCGUGCCCCACGGAGAGAUGCCCCGCCACCUCCAGCUGUACUGCGACAGGUAUCUGUGCGACCGUGUGGUGCCCGGCAACAGGGUGACCAUCAUGGGCAUCUACUCCAUCAAAAAGGUGGCUGCCUCCAAGCCCAGAGGGGGCAAAGACAAGGGGGCCGGCAUAGGGAUCCGCUCCUCCUACCUGCGGGUGAUCGGCAUCCAGAUGGACACGGAGGGAGCAGGUCGCGGCGCCACUGGGUCGGUGUCUCCGCAGGAGGAGGAGGAGCUCAGAGCGCUCGCUGCUUCUCCCAACAUCUACAACUCUCUGGCCAGCUCCCUGGCUCCCUCCAUCUACGGCAGCGACGACCUGAAGAAGGCCAUCACCUGUCUGCUGUUCGGGGGCUCCAGGAAGAGGCUGCCUGACGGCCUGACUCGCAGGGGCGACAUCAACCUGCUGAUGCUCGGAGACCCGGGAACGGCCAAGUCCCAGCUGCUGAAGUUCGUGGAGAGAUGCGCGCCGAUCGGGGUCUACACGUCGGGCAAAGGCAGCAGCGCCGCCGGGCUGACCGCCUCGGUGAUGAGGGACCCCGCCACCCGCGGCUUCAUCAUGGAGGGCGGGGCCAUGGUGCUGGCCGACGGGGGCGUCGUCUGCAUCGACGAGUUCGACAAGAUGAGAGAAGACGACAGGGUGGCCAUCCACGAGGCCAUGGAGCAGCAGACCAUCUCCAUCGCUAAGGCGGGCAUCACCACCACCCUCAACUCGCGCUGCUCGGUGCUCGCCGCCGCCAACUCCGUGUUCGGCCGCUGGGACGACACCAAGGGGGAGGACAACAUCGACUUCAUGCCCACCAUCCUGUCCCGCUUCGACAUGAUCUUCAUCAUCAAGGACUGCCACGACCACCAGAGAGACAUGACUCUGGCCCGCCACGUCAUGAACGUCCACCUGCGCGCUCAGACGCAGACCGAAGGCGUGGAGGGCGAGAUCACACUGGCCACCUUCAAGAAGUACAUCGCCUACGCCCGAAGUAAGUGUGGCCCCCGGCUGUCGGCGGCGGCUGCCGAGAAGCUGAAGAACCGCUACGUGGUGAUGAGGAGCGGCGCCAGGGAGCACGAGAGGGAGGCGGACAAGCGGCCCUCCAUCCCCAUCACCGUCAGGCAGCUGGAGGCCAUCAUCCGCAUCGCAGAGUCCCUGGCUAAGAUGAAGCUGCAGGCUGUGGCCGGAGAGGAGGAGGUGGACGAGGCCAUGCGGCUCUUCCAGGUGUCCACGCUGGACGCCGCGCUGUCCGGCAGCCUCUCCGGGGCGGAGGGCUUCACCUCCCAGGAGGACCAGGAGAUGCUCUCCCGCAUCGAGAAGCAGCUGAAGAGACGUUUCGCCAUCGGCUCGCAGGUGUCCGAGCAGAGCAUCGUGCAGGACUUCACCAAGCAGAAGUAUCCAGAGCACGCCAUCUACAAAGUCCUCCACCUGAUGUUGAGGAGGGGGGAGCUGCAGCACCGCGUGCAGAGGAAGGUCCUCUACCGGGUCAAGUAGAGCAAGCUGUGCGCUCAGCCACACUUUAGGCCGCGUCGUUUAUGUAAAUAGUUUUUUUUGGACUGUUGUUCUGCUUGUUGGAUAUUUGAUGUAUUCUUUAAAAAAAAUGCAUUUAACACCAUUUAGUGCUGAGUUGGUGGAAUAAAGAUGUCACUGUUCAGGUGUUCAGAUGCUGUUUUGAAUGAA